CAGUCAUCGUCUCAUCUACGGCGUCGCUCGUCGGCGCAUCCAUCCAUAGACAUCACAGAAGCACCUAGGAGACGGAAUACGCGGGCCGCAGUUGGUUAUAGAUGGGAACCGGAGUACCUCGAGGGAUCACCAUCUCGUGAAUCCAACACAGCAGAAAAGCGAUCCAAGAGGACACGCCUCAGAGCUUUUCGGGAUACAGUCAAACAGAAGACCGCCCACUGGGCUGCUCGCCUGGGUCGCCCAACAGAAGGCGAGGAUGACCUGCAACCGAUCGACUAUCGUCGUCGCAGCACGGAUGUGCAAAUCAAUCAAGAGGCAGAGGUCAAGGAUCAGAUCACAUGCAGCUCGGAAGCGCACCGCAUCAUCCGGGGCUUGACGCACGACGAUACCGGGCGUCGCCGGAGCACUCGCCGCGAUUCAGCCUUGCAUCAUGCGAUCGACAUGCCUCCAGAUGAUACAGACGAAUUUGGUGGAGGCACUGAGAGCCAACCAACCGGCGGGAUAUUGUCGCACCUGCUACGCCUCAGCGGGGGUCUGGAUCAGGUCCAAAAAUCGACUCGGGGACUCAACAUGCCCUCGGGGAUGUGGACUCCGUUCGGUGGAAGCACCCCAGGGACGACCACUCCUCGCAAGGGAAAGCCGCGAUGGUACAAGAAGCCGCCUAACAUGUCCACGUCCACCUUGGUUGGGGCCGCCAGUCAUAGUGGCGCCAGCACCCCGAUCUCGAACCAGCUUCUGGGCGUGGCCUCAAGGCGCCGCGACAAGCAUUCUCGGCGGCGCAGCUUCCGACUGGAAGAUGAGAUCCAGGUGACUCUCCGCAUCGCCGAGAUCAUCGCACGACAGCGGUACAUCAUGCAACUGUGCAAGGCGCUGAUGAUGUUCGGGGCGCCGACUCAUCGCUUGGAAGAAUACAUGCUGAUGACCUCGAAAGUGCUGGAGAUCGAGAGCCAGUACCUGUACGUCCCGGGAUGCAUGAUCAUGGCCUUCGAUGACCCUAGCACCCGAACGACGGAAGUGAAGCUCGUUCGCGUGGUGCAAGGCGUGAACCUGGGCCGUCUCUCGGACACGCACAACGUGUAUAAGAACGUCAUCCACGACGUGAUCGGGAUCGAAGAGGCCACCGGCGAACUGGAGGAGCUCAUGACCAAGAAGCCGCGGUUCAACAAAUGGAUCAUCGUGUUUGUGUACGGGCUCGCCACGGCCAUGGUGGGACCGUUCGCAUUCAGCGCGCGGCCCAUCGACAUGCCCAUCAUCUUCUUCAACGGCUGCCUGCUCGGGGUCAUGCAACAUGUGAUCGCGCCCCGCUCGGUGCUCUACAACAACGUCUUCGAAGUGACGGCCGCGGUGCUGACCUCCUUCCUGGCGCGAGCCUUCGGCAGCAUCCAUCGCCCGCACGGCUCCGGCCGGCUCUUCUGCUUCUCGGCCAUCGCGCAGUCCUCGAUCGCGCUCAUCCUCCCCGGCUACACGGUGCUGUGCAGCAGCCUGGAGCUGCAAUCGCACCAGAUCGUCGCCGGGUCCAUCCGGAUGGUCUACGCGAUCAUCUACUCGCUCUUCCUGGGCUACGGCGUCACCGUCGGCACGACGAUCUACGGGCUGAUCGACAAGACGGCGACCUCCAGCCUCAGCUGCCCCUCGGCCGGCGCCUUCAAGGACCCGUACCUCCAGCGCUUCCCCUUCGUCGCGCUCUUCUCGGUGUGCCUCCUCGUGGUCAACCAGGGCAAAUGGAAGCAGGCCCCCGUGAUGACCACCAUCUCCAUGGCCGGCUACGUCACCAACUACUUCGUCUCCGCGCGCCUGGGCAACAACUCGCAGGUCGCCAACACGGUCGGCGCCUUCGUCGUCGGCGUCAUCGGCAACCUCUACAGCCGCCUCUGGCACGGCCACGCCGCCGCCGCCGUCCUCCCGGCCAUCUUCGUGCUGGUCCCCUCCGGCCUCGCCGCCACCGGCAGCCUCAUCACCGGCGUCGACACGGCCGACCAGAUCCGCUCCAACGUCACCAAGAACCAUACUACCACCACCUCGUCAUCGCAGAGUUCUGAAUCCUCGAAUAUCUUGGGGUUCGGAAUGAUCCAGGUCGCGAUCGGCAUCACGGUCGGGUUGUUCGUCGCCGCGUUGGUGGUGUAUCCGUUUGGAAAGCGGCGCAGUGGGCUGUUUAGCUUUUAG